AUGGCAAAUCCACUCAGCAAGUUUACUAUAGCUGUUAGCGGCUCACAGAAAGGAUAUACUCAAGUAAAUCUCGAGUCUUUAAUAGCUAGCAAUGGAGGAGCUUUCGUAAAAGCCAUUGAGCCUGGAACCACUCAUCUCGUUACUACCCAGGCCGACGUAGACAAGCGGUCCGCAAAAGUACGAUCUGCGCAAGCUUCUGGUAUACACGUCGUAUCACUCGACUGGCUUCUUGAAUCCAUUGAGUCCAAGAAAGCUCUCGCGGAAACGGGUUAUGUCUUUGGUUCUAUUCAACCAGCCCCUACCACUACCACAGUUGCCGGAAAGUCGGCGGAUGGCUCAGAUCCUGCUCAACCUCCUAGAAGGAUGUCCAAACGUACCGCAUCUAAUCUGAAGGAUAUGGCAAAGAAUGAGGACCAGGAGGAAGAAAAGCCGGCGCCCAAGAAGACAAAAGGUAGCCAGGGCAAGAGCAAAAGGAACGAAGACCAAGAUGUGGAUAUGGAAGACGCACCCCCGAAGGCGGCAGAUGGAGUAAAGACAGUCAAGGGGGAGGAUGAAGAGGACACUAAGGACGCGGCAAAACCGGAGGAGAAAAAGGCCAAAGCUUCGACAAAAGGCAAGGGAAAAGCCAAGAAGGAGCCCACCCCAGAGCCAGAGGAAGUAAAGCCUAAAAUGAAGACUGUGAUAAAGAAAGGCAAAGCUCCAGUCGACGAAUACUGUCCAUUAGCCAACAGAGUCCAUGUUUAUGUGGAUGGAGCUGGCGUUGUUUACGAUGCAACUCUUAACCAGACUGACAUUGGGAAUAAUAACAACAAGUUCUACUAUUGCCAGCUGCUCGAGUCGGAUCCGAACAUAAACAAAUCCUACAGUUACUCUGUUUGGGUUCGCUUUGGCCGUGUUGGCGAGAGAGGGCAAACAAAAAUGUAUGUUGAGGAUGUGAGUCACUCUCAGGCUCUAUCAGUAUUCCAGAAACAGUUCAGGAGCAAAACUGGUCAGCCUUGGGAAAACCGUGCGGAUGCCCAUGGUGGGCCUAAAAGAUAUGCAUUCUUGGAGAGAAAUUAUGAAGAGGCCGAAGAAGAGGAUGCAGAUGAGGACGCUGGAGGUUCGGCCGGAGGGGAGGCCGCAAAGCUAGUGAAGAGUAGCUUGGCUAAGCCCCUUCAAAACUUGAUGCAGUUGAUUUUCAAUACAGAUAUCAUGCAACAAUCCAUGGCGUCUAUGUCUUAUGACAGCAACAAACUCCCUCUCGGAAAGUUAUCGAAGGAGGUUAUCUCUCGUGGAUACCAAACUUUGAAGGACAUCGGUGAAGUCAUUGAACAGAAGCCUGGCUAUCUCCAAAAGUUCUCGGAUUUUGGUAGCAACCGCGUGGAAAUCUUAAACCGCUUAUCCAACAGAUAUUACACUGUCAUUCCACAUAGUUUUGGCAGAAACGUCCCCCCUGUCAUCGAUAGCGGCCCCAAACUAAAGAGGGAGGUUGAGCUGAUUGAGAAUCUCAGUGAUAUGGCUCUAACAACCAAGAUAAUGAAUGAUACGAGAGUUGCUAGCACUGACGGCAUUCAUCCGUUGGAUAAACAAUUCGGUAGUCUGGGUCUUAACGAAGCUAUUCCCCUGGAUAAAUACACUCCGGAGUUCAAGAACCUCGAAGCCUAUGUUAAAAAGACACAAGGAAAGACUCAUCGCAUGAACUUGAAAGUGGAGGAAAUCUUCCGUGUUACCCGCUCAGUAGAGGAGGAACACUGGCAAAACGCUGGCUGGGACAAACUUGCUUCUGAUAAUCGUUAUCUUCUUUGGCACGGUUCCAGAACAACCAAUUUUGCGGGAAUUCUAAGCCAAGGGUUGCGUAUUGCCCCGCCAGAGGCACCAGUGAAUGGUUAUAUGUUUGGUAAAGGCAUAUACCUUGCUGAUAUCGUUUCCAAGAGUGCAAACUACUGUUGCGCGGGAUCUUCUAAUAACACAGGACUCUUGCUCCUUUGUGAGGCACAGCUUGGUGACCCCAUGUUUGAAUUAAAUGGAUCAGAUUACAAUGCUGCCCAAAACUGCGCCAAAGCAAAUGCGCUCGCUACCAAGGGACUUGGUCGAUCUGUGCCUCUUAAAUGGGAAGAUGCUAGUGUGGUGAAUGAGAGCUUAAAAGGGGUUAAAAUGCCUGCGGUUACUGCGCCCGAGGCCAAUAUUACAGGAGAUGAUCCUACCAUAAAACAAGGAAGCUAUCGAUCUUUGCAGUAUAACGAGUACAUUGUAUACAAAACGAGUCAGGUUAAGAUCAGGUAUCUUUUCCGGUGCAGGUUCAAUUAG